GUCAUGAGGAGUACUGUAAACCUCCACCCAAGAAGCUCAAACAACCAGUGGAGCGUACAGGUCUAAGUCAGGUGUCCAGCUCGCUUUCCAGCAGCUACAAGAACAGCACGGCCUGCACAACCACAGCGAACGGCCAUGGAAAGAGCCACAGCAGCUCUGGAGGAGGAGGAGGAGGAGGAGGAGGAAGCCCUGGCAACAAGAGGCCAGAUCGAAGAGCCAGAGGAAGCCCCAAACACACAGACACCGAGCCACAAGAUCAUGAUGUGGACACGAGACGAGUUCAGGCUGUGCCAUCAGGAAUGGACAAGCCCCAGGUGUCUAAUGUACAGUCCCACUCCGCACUUGUGUCGUGGACUUCUGUUUUCUUAUCGGGAUCAUCUGGACGGGUCCCUUCCUGUAGUUACGAGCUACAGCUCAAGGACAAGGGCCGUGAAGGGAAAUACAAGGUUGUGUACAGUGGUGAGGAACUCCAGUAUACACUCACUGACCUCAGACCAGCCACAGACUAUCACAUCCAGUAAAGCACGGUGUGUAACUCUGUCAAGGGUCCCAGUUCGGAUGCGAGGGCCUUCACUACACAGAGUGCCCCUCCUGAACCCCUCUACCCCCCAGACUGUCCCAUCGCACCAAGAGCUCCCCUCACAUUACAGUGGAAGCCCCCUAUGGACAACGGCUCAAAAAAUCACCAAUUAUGUUCUAGAAUGGGAUGAGGGGAAAAAGAACAGCAUUUUCCGCGAAUAUUACGUCGGACACCAGCGACACUGCAAAGUAAUGAGGUUGUGCCCUGCUGUCGGGUACACGUUUCGAGUGGCAGCGCUAAAUGACAUUGGCACCAGUGGGUUCAGCACAGAAGUCGUCUUCUACACCACAGGAAGUCUCCCACAGAUUUCCUUGCCUCCACGGCUGAUAAAGGCAGGUCCGUCCUGGGUUAAGCUGGAGUGGACUCGACCAAACAGCUGCAGCGCUGAGGAGGUGGUCACGUACACCCUGGAGAUGCAGGAUGAGACCAAGGGACUGAACUUCCAGGAAGUUUACAGCGGUUUGGAGCUGAACUGUAAGUUGGAGUCCCUAAGAAGGAACACGCAGUACAAAUUCAGGCUCAUCACUUGCAGCGGUGAGUGGCGCAGUGCACCGAGCUCUCUGCUUGUGUGUAAGACCACCCCAGACAGACCUGGACCGCCUGUGAAUCCUGCAGUAAACGCAGUCACAUAUCACAGCUUCUGUGUGGCGUGGGAACCUCCACAAGAUGAUGGUGGAUCUGGAGACUUGACUUACGUCCUGGAGAUAUCAGAAGGGAAUUCUGAAGCAGAGAGGCAGUGGGUGACUCGCUAUAGAGGACCAGAGAGGAAACAUUUGUGUGAGGAUGUAAAACCAGCAACAAGCUACUCCCUGAGACUCAGCUGUGUCGAUGUGGGCGGACAAAGCCAGUGCUCAGAUGACUUGACGGUGCACACUCAUAUUCCGCCCCCUGGCCGCUGUCGACCCCCAAGGAUCAUGGGUGAUGUCAAACACAAGGAGCUGACUUUGCAGUGGGAUGGUCCUGUAUGUGGUGAAGAGAGUGAAGGUGUGGAGUUUAGCUUGGAGAUGUGUGCAAUAGAGGAAGCUUCAGAGCCGGCGGAGGUGUACCGUGGAUCUAAAACAGAGUGCACUGUGGGUAAUUUGCUCCCUGGCACUACCUACAGGUUCCAAGUUCGUGCAGUCAACAGUGUUGGGUAUGGACCUUACUCUGAAUCUGUGGAAAUAAGCACUGCCGCUGGGCCCCCAGGACAAUGCAGUCCCCCUGCCAUCAAUGUGACAUCACACACUUGUGCUGAUGUGACCUGGGAGAACAACGAGAGCUCUGGGAUAGACAUUUCUGAAUACCGGCUGGACUGGGGACGUGAUUUGGACUCUCUUGAAAUGGUUUACAGUGGAUUGGAAACCUACUUCCAAAUCUCCAACCUGGAGGCAUCAACAGACUACUGCUGCAGGCUACAGGCAGUGAACCAGGCAGGGGCGGGCCCCUACAGUGAUCUGGUGACGUGUCGGACCCCUGCAGCAGUCCCUGAUGUAGUAUCCGGAGUUCACCUGCUCGACCUCCCUCCGACCCCAACAGAAAGUGAGUCCUUCUCCCCCUCCACCUGUCUGGCCCUCACCUGGGACGAGCCCCACUGUAAUGGAGCAGAAAUCACCUCCUACAGCAUCUCAAUGGGAGACGACAUCAUCACCACCGGAAACGCAACCUGCCACAUUAUCAGGGACCUGCUGCCGGACAGCGAGUACAGCCUGCAGAUUCGAGCAGAAAAUGAAAUGGGCCCCGGGCCCUUCAGUCAGACCCUAACGGUGAGGACAAGGCCCCUGCCCCCCUUUCCACCACGGCUGGAGUGUGCAGCGGUCGGACCCCAGAGUCUCAAACUACGCUGGGGUUUCAGCAGCCGAAGUCAACUCAACAACGACACUACCUACAUUCUGCAGAUGGAGGACAGGAAUCAGAGGUUUGUGGUGGUUUACCGAGGUCCGAGCCACACUUUUAAGCUGCAGAGACUGAGCGAAUCGAGCCGGUACCGUUUCCGGAUCCAGGCAGUGAGCGAGGCGGGCGAGGGGCCGUUUUCUGAGAUGUACACCUUCAGCACCACCAAAUCUCUGCCACAAACACUGAAAGCCCCAAAAAUUGUUCAACUAGAGGGAAAUACCUGUGAGGUCACAUGGGAGAGUAUUCCACCAAUGAGAGGAGACCGGAUCAGCUAUGUGCUACAGGUGCUGGGAGGCAGAGAAUCUGAUUUUAAACAGGUGUAUAAGGGAGACGAGACGUCCUUCCAGCUCUUCGGCCUACAGUGGAACACAGACUACCGGGUGCGAGUUUUUGCAUGCAGGCGCUGCGCAGACACCCAUCAGGAGCUGUUCGGGUCCUUCAGCCCGUCCGCUCACUUCAACCUGCGGCGCUCUGACGCCACACUGGCUGUGGAAGCGGACGUCACCAGGGUGCCCAUGGGAAAAACCUUCACAGAUGAACAGUUCGCCGGCCUCAUAGUAUUUGGGGUGGCCACUCUCUCGGUCGUAAUGGCCUUCCUGCUUCAGCUUCUGAUUUAGACUUGAGUUUUUAAACUAAAG